UCGGCGGGAGGACGUUGUGUAUCCAGUGUUGCCAUUGUUGUAACAGAAAAACUCAAUUUAUUUACACGUUUUCUAAACCACCAGUUCCGAAUGCCCUUUCCCGAUUGUUGUCCAACCAUAUAUUAUGUUGUUGUGUAGUUAUUAAACACACGAUUUACAUUGUUGUCAAGUUAAAUACGCGUUUUAUCCGUCGUCUCCCCACCAGUCGAGGAUCUAUUUCUCCGCGCCGCCGCUAGGAGCGCGCGACGCUCGCGCUUCAGUCUUCGUCAGAACUUCACUGUGGUGUCACACGUAGCGUAAUAGUCUGAACUGACGAUAUUGAAGUUGACGAUAUUUUCCCAAAUUAUUACGAACUGUGAUUCAUCCUAGCGCGCGUAUGUAUGGAUAAACUAACUUGUGCGUGAGUUAACCGGAGUUUGUGGCAUUGGGAGUGGUACGAAAACUUUCUAAAGUGUUUGUAAACAGGACAACAAUGGGCGGCAGUCGACGAGUGUUAGGAGUGAUUGUACUCUUCACUUAUUUAUCAGGAUGUCUGGCGCAGGAGUUACAGAUCAUGCCUGCGAUGCCAGUUCAGGCCAAACCUAUCGGCAAGAAGGUGUUAUUGACGUGUAGAGCUCCAGACGACAAGAAUCUGAUCACAGAACUACGCUGGCUAGACCCUCAGAACAACACCAUCAGAAACGACAACAUAUUGACCAGAGAUCGACUAUCAGUAGAGAAGAUGACUCCUGACACUCUAGCUCUGAUAUUCUCGUCUCUUAAGGACUCUGAGGCAGGUGUCUACACUUGUACUGCAGUCUACGCUGGAAGCAAAACCAUCAGCAAGUCCGUCCGUAUAGACACCAUAUAUGCCAUAACAUGGAUUGAUGCGCCGGAAGAACAGUAUCCAAUCAUGGGCAGCAAGUACAAGGUGAAGUGUAAAGUUCAAGCAAAUCCGUCACCGAUUGUUGAUUGGCUGCGCAACGGCCAGCAAAUCCAGUCUACAAACAACGACAGAUACGUCAUCGACAACGACGGCCUGGUCAUCAAGAAUGUGACGGAGGACGAUGACGGAAUAUAUAUCUGUCGAGCCAUCGUCCUGGACACUGGCGAACUCAGUGAGAGAAACAUCAAAGUUGAGGUUCACAUUCCGCCAUCGUUUGAUGACAAGAUGCCCACUACUGUGGAGGUUGUAGAGGGAGAGUCUGCCAGUGUUACUUGUAUGGCCAGAGGCAAACCCAAACCUCACUACUCUUGGAUAAGAUCCGACAACGAUCUCAACCUGGCUAGCAGUGGCCGGUCAACCGUCAAUGAGAACACAGGUGUACUGACAAUAACACGAGUAUCGAAAGAGGACAACGGUGAGAUCAGAUGUAUGGCUGCCAACGCGGCAGGCUCGAUGGAGCGAGUCGUCAACCUGGUGGUGGUCAUUAAGCCUCAAGUGAUGGACAUCAAGAACAUCACUCUGCCAAUCAGGAGUCGAGCUAGACUUGUCUGUAGAGCUACUGGUAACCCAGAGCCUUCCAUCACCUUCUGGAAGAUUGGAGCUCCUCUAGAGAUGGUCAAAGGAUCCCAGCCCGCAGACCCAAGGAUAGUCGUAGAGAAUCGUGUUGGAAGCGACGGAAUUACCGAGGCUCACCUCAUCAUUGACGAGCUCACCCGACCUGAUGACGGACUAUACAACUGCAUAGCAAGAAACAAGGGUGGUGAGUCGAGAAAGAACGGUCACUUGACAGUGGAGUUUCCUCCAAACUUUGACAACACACCGAUCAAGGAAGCGUGGUCGUGGAACAGACUUCCCGUCAACCUGACCUGUCUAGCCGAGUCCAUACCCAAUGCGACCAUAACGUGGAAACUCAACGAGAGAGACAUCGAGAGAGAUCCCAACUUUAAAAAGUUCGGCAAUGGCCCUUGGAGCUCUCUACUGGUAACUCCAGUAGAUUUGAAGUACUACGGUGUCUAUAAAUGCACUGCAAGAAACGUUCAUGGAGAGGUCUGGCAUACAAUAAAGCUUACAGAAGCUACUGCUCCUGGACAAAUACUUCAAGCAAUACUAGACGUCAUAACAGCUACAACGAUCACAUUCUCCUUCAAGGGUCCUUCAUCUAACGGAGGGCGUCCUAUCAAAGCGUUCCAGGUGCAGUACAAAGGAGAGUACCAACAAUGGACGGAAGCAAGGAACAAGACCUGGGCUUAUGGAUCCCCAUACAUUCUCGAGGGCCUGGCACCACAAACAACUUAUGUCUUCAGGUUCGCAGCGAUUAAUGAUGUUGGAAUGAGCAAUUGGGCCGCCCAACAAACAGUGGUUAUGCCAAAGAGAUCUUUCCCUGAAGAACCGAAAAUCCUUCAUCCUACUCUUGGAGAAGAAAAAUACAUCGUUAGUCCUUACCACAACAAAUAUGAACUUGCUUGGAGAAUACCAGCUGAUAACGGAGAGCCUAUUGACAGAUAUGACAUCAAAUACUGCCAGGUACAGAAAGUGAGCAAUGAGUGGGUGGAGACAGAGGAACCAUGUGUGAUUGUGGAACACAGAUCAUUGGAAGUGGCAUCGUACGAACUGAGAGGUCUCCACUCGGACACCUUCUACAAAGUAGAGAUCCGAGCACAUAACAUCAUCGGGUUCAGUGUUCCUGGUCAACUCGUAGUCAAGACUGCUAGAGGUUCCGAUGAUAACGGACCCGCCAAACACUCUGACCCUCAUCUUAGCAGCACAACCAUCAUUUCCAUCGUAGUGGCAGCCCUACUCAUCAUACUGGUCAUUGUAGACGUCUCCUGCUUCUUUGUCAACGAUACAGGAAUUCUUCAUAUCAUGUGUGGAAAGAGCAAGAAGAACAAGAAUGACGAUGAUGCCAAACUUGGAAGUGAGGGAAAGGAGCUUCUCAACAAUGGACACAGGGACCUCAAAGUUCAGAUUGAAUCAGCUCCAAUGUUAGAUAAAAAAGACACAACAGUUGAAUUUGAUCUGAAGAAAGCUACUUCCAAGACCAGUUUUGUUGGUAAGGACUCGGCAGUUUGAGUCGCCCAAUGAGAGAUGCCUUGUCUUUCACCCUGGACCUGGCUACUAGAAUGUAUAGUCGUGAACCUGUGUUGGCUUGUGUCUAGCUUGUAUAGUUUAGAUUUAGACUUUUCCGUUUACUAACUCAAUUAGCUUUGGUUCGUGUGUGAAAUGUCAACUGACGUACAAUGCAGCUUUAUACUAAACUUGAGAACACUCAAUCAUUCAGAAGUCAUUUUGUAAGUCAAAUAUUUUACAACUUAGUCAAACAGAAGUGUAAAAUCCACAAACCAUGUUUAGCAAACCUGAUAAAUGAUCAAAUAGAAGAACACUCAUUGAUGUAAGAAAGAUUUUAUAAGUUUUGUUAAACUUUUUACACCUACGAUCUACUUAUUUUUUACUAUAUUUUGUUAGAAUAGGAUGAAUUAGUCUUAUUUUGUGAUGUGUACAUUGAUUUUAGGUUUAGUUUAGUAAUAGUCUGUCAUUGUGGCGUAUUAUUAAUUUUACUUUCUAUAUAUAGGGUUAUUACAUUGAUAUUAUGUCUAUGAUUUCAAAUUUAACUUUUAUAAAGAAAACACAAAUAUAUUUUACACAAAUUCUUGGCAUUUUAGAACUUUGCUAAACAAACCCCUUCUGACUCAAGGAAUCAAAGAUUUCAAUUCUAAACGUUUUGUUGUAAGUAUAAUAUCUCGAGAAAUUGCUUUUAUACAAUUUAUAGUUCUUUAGUGGAACUCAAGUAAGAUUCCUGUAUGGUGUACACACGUUUACCUGUGAUGCAGCUCCAUAAUUAAAUCUGAAAACGUGAUGUCUGAAGAUUUUCAAAAGACAAGCUCAGGAGUUCACCAUUAUUUAGAUAUACCAGAUCUGUUUUUAAAAUUCCUGUAUUCCAAUAUGUCCACCAAACAUCAUUCACAACAACUGAUUCAACAAACAGUGCUAUUUGUCUGAACUCAAACUUUCUAAAAAUACGUAAUCUUGUAAUACUAUUAUCAAAAUCAAAAACAUUAUGUAAUAACCCUGUAUUAUAAACAACCUCUAACAAUAUUGUAGUUUAUGUAGCAUUCUGAAGGAUAGAUCUGCUCUGAGAACCACAGAUAACUCUUAUUCAAGGUACAUUCUCAAUCCCAAAUGACAUUGACAAGUUCUACUACUCACACAGAUCCUAGAUACAAUUGUCACCCCCAGCCUUACUAAAACUGCCCUACAUCUGUUCCUUUCGCAUCCUACACUCUGUACAUAGUUCACCGAAAGGCCUACCAUAUCAGACAAUAACUUCCGAUCACGAUGCUUCUUCUGGCUAGAUCUAAGAAUGCUGUGAUGUUUGAACGAGACCAGUUUUCGCUUUGUGUGCUUCUCAAUUGACUUUGCCUUAUGUUGAGUAAGACUGAGUGUUGUACUUAUACCGCAUGCUGAGAUAGCAAAUAUUUGUACAUAACCCAACCUGUAGGGAUUAGGUAAAGAAAUUCAAUCUAGAUAAAUCCAACAUUGUAAAUACUAGAAAUACAUGUUUCAUCCUAAUUUUGUAUUGAAAUGACAAAAUUUGUAAUUUUUACUAAGAGCGAUAAGGUUUCUCGCUGAGCAUGUUGUUUAUCAAAUUGUUGUUUAUUUAAUAUGAGAAAGUUGUGUUUGAUGAUUUCAGUGGACAUUGUAGCAACAAUUUGACAAGUUCUUCAAUCGUUUGGACUCAAAGAGUUUCUUCUCUCGCCUUUGUCUGUGUUCAGAUUUUGUUGAUUUUUUCUGACAUUCUGUAUAAAGUAUUAUUUCUGAAUGAAUGUUUACCUAAGUUCAUAGUAUUGUGGUGUGUAUUGGGGCCAGACCAGAUAGUAAAGACUGUAUACUGCUCUCAUCCUAUUUUAACGAAAAUGUCGCCCUAAUUGAUACCCAGAAAUCAGCUUGGUCCGACGGAUAUAUUACUCACUUGUUUACAUUGUUUCGUGAAUUAUUUUAUCGUUAUGUUUCAUUAAAGUUAGUAACUUUUUUUUUUGUACAUGAAAGUCAAUUACAAGGAUGUGUAAUAUAAUUUAGUUUAUUGUACACAAAUAUAUCUAAAAUUAACAAUAACCACUUCCAUUUUGGAUCAUGAAAACCAGUGGUUUCAUUAUUACUGGCAUUUCCUUAACUUCAGUGACUCAGUCCUAGCUAAUCUGUUCUUUUCACCCCUGGUUUUUACCGCCUCAAUUACCUUUUUUAAAAUCAGCAUGCGGUCUUGUAUAUACAAAUAGUAAUGUAUUGAUAAAUCAGUGGAGAUCUCUGAAAGUAGCCAAACUGUUUGGAAUUAGGUUUCUUACCAUUAAUUUUGCACCGUAACACCAACAGGAAUAGUUAAAUGAUGUCCUCAUAGAAGAUUUAGUUUUUGAAUUUAAAUUAUUUUGUAAUUAAAAGUAUUUUUUUGCAUUUAUUAUCCGUUACAUUUAUUAUUUUGUAAAUAAAGUUAUUUUAUUUCUUCAGAGGACAUCAUUAUUAUAAGUAUUAUUUAUUAUUGAUUUUGUAAAUUCCAAUUAAGAUUAAGUUAGUUAAUGUAAGAUUUAAAGGUAGAAUAGGAUUAUAAAUAUAUUAUAUAUUUAUAAAAAUGACGAUGUAUAAUUUUGUAACUCUGGUUAACAUUAGUCUAAUGUUGCUUUUGUAUUGUACAUGCCCUUAUAAUGUCACUAUAACAAUUUCAAUGAUUCUUGUGUUUGUUUUUAAAAAAAGCUCUCUACUUUUAUUUUAUCAAUUGUGACUCAGUGUUCAAAUUAAUGACACAGCAUUUUUUCCUAUCAUAUAAAUAUAUUUAUACUUAUUAAAAUUGUAAAAAUCUUUUUAUGUCUUUGAUAAAUAAAGUAUUAAAUUCA